GGGUUAAUCCUGACUGUGGACUCAAGACCCGCAAGUACGCUGAGGUGAAGCCAGCACUCAAGAACAUGGUCGCUGCCGCUAAGUUGCUCCGCACUCAACUUGCCAGUGCCAAUGUACUAUAAGCUAUCGGUAACAUGGGUUUUGUUGGUGAAAACCUAUAUCAACAAGAAGCAAUUCCAUAUUGUUGAUAGUUAAUUGUUAAAAAAUGAAAUUUUAGUUGUGCCUGCUGGCACGGCCAUGGCACAUACCUAGGGGCUGCACCGAUUGCAACUUUGAUGGCAGCGGUAGGGGUCACUGUCAAACCGGUGACUGUGGCGCAGUCCUUGAUUGAAAAGGGUGGGGCGUCCCUCCAAACAUCCUAGCCGAAUAUGCCUUGAACCAAUUUGGAAACAUGGAUUUUUACGACAUAUCCCCAGUGGAUGGGUUUAAUAUCCCCAUGGACUUUGCUCCCACCAAUGGAGGUUGUCAUACGAUCAGGUGCCCCGCCGAUAUAAACGGGCAGUGUCCUAACGAACUUAGAGCGCCGGGUGGGUGCAACAACCCAUGUACAGUGUUCAAGACUAAUGAAUACUGUUGCACUCAAGGGCCUGGAUCAUGUGGACCGACCACAUAUUCUAGGUUUUUCAAGGAUAGAUGUAAUGACUCUUACAGUUAUCCUCAAGAUGAUCCUUCAAGCACGUUUACUUGCGGUAGUGUCACCACCAACUACCGGGUUGUGUUCUGUCCACUCGGGUCACCUCAUUUCCCUCUAGAGAUGAUCAAAACGACGUUUGCUAUUUUGCUCUUUUGUUAUCUAUUCAUAUUCAGCACUAAAGGCACCGAGAAGUACCGGAUUAUCAUCGACGGUGGGAGUAUAGGGACGAGGAUUCAUGUGUUUAGAUACACUGUAGAGGGAGGAAUAGUGGUGUUUGAUUUUAAGGAAGAUGGGCUAGUGAGCAUGAGGGUUAGUCCGGGGUUGUCUGCUUACGCGGGUGAUCUGGAGAACGCAGGGCUAUCGGUUAUGAGGCUUCUGGAAUUUGGGAAGAGUAAUGUGCCGAAAAGGCUAUGGGCGGAGACAAAAGUAAGGACCGGAUGGAGCCGACGACGCUGUUACAGAGGUCGCCAACGUGAUUACGGUGACGGUUAUCACGUUACAGAGGUCGACAACCUCACACGGAAGCCCUGGACAUACGGUCGAAAGAGAUCCAACCCAAAUAUCUUCGGUUUCGGUUCUGUCCCUUCCAUCGAUUCUUCAUCUCUCGCUGCUUCAAACAUGCCUGAAGGAACGCUUGAAAUUCUUCUCGUCAGUGCCAAGGGUCUCGAAGACGCUGAUUUUUGCUCUAACACGGAUGCUUAUGUGAUCCUCAAAUGCCGUUCCCAGGAACAGAAAAGCAGUGUUGCAUCAGGAAAAGGGUCUGAGCCAGAGUGGAACGAGACGUUUGUAUUCAGUGUCACUGAGGGUGUUACUGAGGUCAUUUUGAAAAUACUUGACAGUGAUACCGGGACCGCAGAUGAUUUCCUCGGAGAAGCUACCAUUCCUCUGGAGCCAGUUUUCUCUGAAGGAAACAUUCCACCAACAUCAUAUAAUGUUGUUAAGGACGAGGAAUAUCGCGGGGAGAUCAGAGUCAGCCUUACCUUCACUCCUUCGGAACGUUGUCCCAGGGGUUUUGCUGCAGAAGAGGAAAGCUAUGGUGGAUGGAAGCAGUCUGAAGGCGCUUAUUAGGCCCUCUAGCAGUUUGAUUUUACCCUACCAUGAGAUGGAAAUAAAUACAACUUUUGUGUCUUCUCUUUGGUUCCAAUUGAGAGCUACAUUUUGUUGAAUGUUUUGUGCUUAACUCUCUGCCUUUCGAUUGUAAAAUGAUUCAAUCACUCUUAUAAGAAGUAAAUGCUUGCCUAAUUG